UAUUUUUUUUUUUUUCAAUUGGUGUUGUUGUUUACAUUUUUGUUGUUGUAGAAAAAGUAGCAGAAAAUUUUGUGCCAAAAGCGUUUGGGUACUUUUACACAAUUUUUCUUUCUCUGAGAGAAUUUCAUCCCCACUCCUUAAAAUUUGACAGGUUUCAUAUUUUUGUGCAAAAAGAACCCAAACAGACCUAAUGUCAGCUACCCAAUUCUUAAUUUUUUAAAAUACCGACGAAAAACGCACAAAAACCGAUAAACCACGCACACCACUAAUUUUUAAACAAUUAUUUACCAUUUUCCGCGAUGAAACACGACGAAAAUUUGUUAUUUUUCAAUUUAUAAUAUUUUUAAAUGACAUUUUAUAAAUUAAAACAAAAACAAAUUUCCUGUUUACUGCGAUUGAAAUAUAAAAAUUAUACAGUCUUGGUAUUUUUUGUUUAUGGCUACACCAUUGAUUCAGGGGGUUAAAUCGGACAUACAAUCAGGGUAAAUGGUGCUGUAAAAUUUUAAUUUUACUUUAGAGUUUGUUUACUUGCGUAUUCAAUGAUAUACAAAAUUUAAAAUUGAAAUAACGAAAUGCCAACAAUAAUAGCUCUCGAUGUGUCUCUGUCAAUGCAACGCUACAUUCCCGGCCGUGCUGACGAUAAUGCCAUUUCCUACUACCAACUUGCAAUAAAAGGCAUAAAUCAGUUUUUGGAACACCUAGCAAAUAAUUCAAAACUAGAAUUCGUCUCCUAUGUAACCUUCUCGGGAGAAUUUGAAGUACGCGUUGAUUUCACCCGCGAUUAUGACCAAAUAAGACAUGCAAUUAAAAAACAAGUCCAUUUUGAUAGUUCUAGUUUAGAAACCUUGCUAAAAGGUGUAAACGAUGUACUUUCCAGUAAUUGGGGGGUUCAAAAUCUUUGUCAAGUUGUUGUGUUUACAGAUUGUGGUUUAGGGUUUGGUUCAAAAUCUUUAAUGGCAACAAUAUGCGGAUUAACAACUAAUCCAACACAAUUUGAUUGGUUGCAUGGCCUGUCCUCAACAAAACUGAACUUAAUUUGCAUGGGAAUAAGUAGUGAAUAUUAUUUUUCAAAAGCUGUAUCCAUAUAUCAAAAAUUUAUCGAUGUAAGUGGACUGAAAGGAGUUUUAUUCCAGCCAAAACAAAACGAUCAAUCCAUCCAGGAAGAUUCGAGAAAUGUAAGUAUUCGCAAAAGUGAACUUGGACGCACGGUUAUGCAUGAAAUUAUUGAGCUCUUCUGCGAAAGUAGCUAUAAACCGUUUGAAACAAUUUUAAAAUGUGGUGGGUACUUCCGAAUGGAGAGUCCCAUUCUUAUUUGGCCUCCACCGACGUUGUCCAAUGAUCAGUCAACAGCUCAACUAUUUCUACCUUGCAAUAACGUUCAGAUAUGUGGCUACGUAGGAUUGUCAGAUAUUGGAUCACCUGCAUCACUUAGUCGGCACUUGAUUGUUCCAAAAAUGGAUCGUGAGAAACACAACAGAAGAAGUUCUGACAAAUUUACAAAAACGAGAAAUGAGUCCCAGUUUUCUUCAAAUGAAUUAGAAAAACUAGAGAGCGAAAUACGGACUUUUUAUUUAAAAGCGGAUGGAAACGAGGAAGAUUUAACAAGGUCUUCGUCACAAUCAGAAAAUCAAAGGGAAUCUCUUUGCGUUUUGCUGCACGGGGCAUUAAAAAUUGAAAAUAUGGCUGCUCUUGUUCUGCUUUCGGACAAUUGGUUUGGAUUCAUAUACACUUUUGCUGAUAGUAAAAAGAAAUCUAAUCUAAUGCUUAACGUUCUACCACAAGAAAAUAAUGCCAUACCUUGGCUAGGAGAUCUUCGACAAUUUGGAAUGAUAGAUGAUUUCUUAAUAAAUGAGACUUCAUCAUUUCCAGUAAAAUCCGAAAAGCGCAGUUAUUCACAAAAUUUUGUCAUUUGGAUUAAACAGUCCAGUUUACAGUCCGAUAUACAAAAAGUUCUUAGACAUGCUAAAAAAAUACCAGAAAAGACACAACAUUUUUAUAAGGAACUCAAUCGCAUACGUAGAGCGGCACUGUCUAUUGGAUUUAUUGAGCUUAUAGAGAUUUUAGCAAGUAUAUUUGAAAGAGAAGUUGUUGGACUACCAAGUUCAACUAAUCCUGAAUGUACACUUCAGUUAAAGCAUUCGGCUAUAGAAUUAAGAAAGACUGCAGGUAAAGAUUUAAAAAAUUCAAUAAUUCCUUUAACAAGCGAUUUUAAUCCUUAGCUAUUUCAAAUUGUAUUAAAAAUAUUUUGAAUUUUUAUUAAAACUGUGAAUGAUUGAUCUUUUAGAAAUAAAUUUGUUUUUACUUUUGAA